AUGGACAGAAAGGUAGAGAGAGAACUAGAGGAUGCACAAGGUGAAAUAAAAGAGGCGAUCAAAGAGGAGAAGAAAAGGGGUGCAUCUAUAUCUGAGCUGGAAAAAGAGUCAGAAAGAAUGGAUGACUCCCUAGGGAGCAUGCAAAUGGAGACGCAUGCAGCAAAGAAUAGGCUCCUUAGGAAGAGUAUUAUUUGGGUGUCACUAUGCAUUCUUAUUGUAUUGAUAGUUGGGAGUGUCAUAUUCUUGUAUAUAUAUGAGAAGAUAAAGGCACUAAGAGGUCAAUAA